AUGGACCUCGCCCCGCGACUCGCGGCGAACGGCACCACGACCAAACCCGAAGAAAACGACGAGUACGGGGGAGUGGAGGAGGAAGAAGAGGAAGAGGAGGAGGAAGGGGGAGAAGCGGGAGAAGAGGGCGACGAGGUGGAAGGGGAGGAAGGGGGAGGCGGGAAGGCGGCAAAAGGGGGUUCAGCGGUGGCAAUGGUGUGGUCGGGGCGAGUGUUUGCACUGCACGACGUGUAUGUGAACAACAAGGGGCAGGUGUUCAACGCCACACAUGUUUUCAACCCCAACGGCUGCUACGCCGAAGACAAGGUGCGCGUGGGUGCGAGGGGGAGGGAGGAGGGAGAGAGGGACGAAAAGUUCCACUACGAGGCGGGCACGCGGGUCUCCUCGUACAACUCGCUGGUGAACCUGCUGGUGAUCGGCGGCACGCCCGGAGCGCGGGUGCCCUUCCACGAGGUCCUGGAGCUCGUGCCGCUCUUCCUGCCGCUCUCCCGCGUGCUCAAGAAGCACGGCAAGCCCGCCCUCGUCAUGCGCGGCAAGAAGCUGCCUCGAGUGGUGGGCAUCACCAUGGGUCGCAUGCUCUCCUUUGGGGAUGCCGCUCGCCUCCUCUUCGUGCGGACACUCAUCCAGGUGCAUCCCCACGCCACACCUGCAAGCACAUGCGCACAUGGCCCACUCACACAUCCAAACGUGUCUUCCCUCAUUUCACACCCCUCCUCCCCUCUUUCUCCCCCCUCCCGUCCGCCACCCCAAUUUUCUUCACUUCUAACAUCCCAGAAGCGUCGUCAAUCGAAUCUUCUCCCUUUCCCCACUCUGGUCUGUUUACCCACCUUCCACCACUCCCGCAUUCUUGACCCACCUUCCACCACUCCCGCAUUCUUGACCCACCUUCCCGCGCUGCCAGCACCCCAGCCCCUCCCUGUGGACCAAACUCCCACUUCUGAGGUGCCAACAACAAACGUGCUUUACAAAACUCUCCCCCUUCCAGAACCGCCAGCACCCCCACCCCUCGACCAAAUUCCCUCCUCACACUUCCUACAACAACCCCUCGGCCCCUCCUCUUCCCCCGUAUUUUGCACCCCUCGCCCACCUCGCCCACAGCCCACCUGCCAGCACCGCCAGCACCCCCACUCCGCUCCUCCCACUUUCCUGAAACCCCUCUCCCCUUGCUCUUUCCCCUACCCAUGUCCCCCCUGUGCUGUGCAGCCCACCUUCCAGCACUGUCAGCACCCCAGCCCCUCCCUCUGGUCCAAGCUCCGCUCCUCGCACUUCCUGCAGCCCCGCGGUCUCCCCCUCCUCAACCCUGACUGGUCCGAGCGCCUCCCCCCCUCCUCCCCCAAGACGCGCUCCCCCCCCGCCGCCAUACCCCCCUGGGAGACGAGUGGGGUGAAGGAGGUGAUAGUGCUGGAGCCACCAGCAGCAGUGCAGGUGAAGGGCUUUGCCGGGAUAGUGGCGGGGCUGAAGGGCAGGUUUGGCGCGGAGCAUGUCAGGCUGGUGGGCAGGUUCCAAAGGGAUGAUGCUCGGGAUCUGUUUCCCCGGGCGGCGCUGCUUGUCAGCGUCACGAGCCCGUUUCUUGUCAACCUCGCGUUUCUGCCGCCCCGCGCUGCCCUGCUGGAGCUCCGCCCGCCGCCCGCUGAGGUGGAUGCGGUCAUCGCUGACUCAGUCGCCAGCCUGGCAGCCGCCUGCCAGAUUCACCACCGCGUGAUCCGAGGAAGCUUCGUGGAAGGAGCGGCAGGUGGGGGAAGAGGAAAAGGGGCAGAGGAGGGUGCAGGAAAGGAUGUGGUGGAGUGGAGGAGCGGGGCAGUGGAGGCAGCAGCGAUGUUUCUGGCUCGAGUGGUGGGCAAGGCAUUAACGGCGGAUGAGAAAGUGGUAGAGGAGGCAGUUCUGACAGCCGCCGACCGGCGAAUGAGAGCCGCGCAGCUGGCGCAGGCAUCCACCAGUAAGCAGCCGCUCAUUCCCGGCACGCAGAUCCAAUCUCUGCAGUCCGCCGCCCGCUUCCGGCGCUGGCUGCGGUGCGUGAGUCAGCGCGGGCGAUGGGCGUACAACGCAACGCCGCGCAUCCUCCCUUGGGAGUACCUCGGAACCAUGAACCUGUGCGACCACCGGCACCAGGAGACCACCGGGGGACUCGUGACGAAAAAAGCCGACAAGUAUGUGAUGGAGGGCGGCGCGUCGGGCGGCUGGAGCGUGCGCGAGUCGCUCAAAUACGAGUGGAGAACGCCGCCUGGGAAGUGCCCGAUCGGCCCGCUGAGGCAGUUUGACGGGGAUACGUUUUGCCGGAAGGCGGAGGGGCGGAAAGGCGGGCUGAAUUUGGUGUUUCUGGGGGAUUCGUUGGCGCACCAGAUGGUUGUCAGCUUCCUCAACGGCCUCCUCAGACACAUUCCCAAACCUGCCGUGUGUGCUGUGAAUGAAACGAUUCCCCAGGAGUGCUCUGAUUGGCUGGUGGAGCCCCCAAGGCAUGCCUACUGCCGAGUGUACACGUUUAACGAGAGUGUUUGUCCCGGCCUCAAGGUUCAAUUCGUGCGGAACGACCAUCUGUGGUUCACUUCGCCUGGAGAAGCCAAGUUUGACCACAUUCCAUGGCACUUGUACUCUGGGUUGAACGAUGCUCAUGUGGUGGUGGUGAAUCGAGGCGCGCACUUCAUUGGAGGGAAGGACUUCGAGAGGAGUGUGCCGGCUGCGUUAUCAUUUCUCCGCAAGAAGCUGCCCGACGCGCUCAUCAUCUGGAGGAACACCCCCCCCGGCCACGCCAACUGCACCACCUACAUUGGGCCGAUUAAAAAGCGCCAAAAUCCGGAGAUUCUGCCGUUCCACUGGGACAUGUUUACUCGGCAGAACAAGCUGGUGCGAGGCAUGAUGCAUGAGGUGGGAGCAGUGUACAUGGAUGUGGAUACUGCCACCGCGCUGAGACCAGACUCGCACAAAGGCUUUGUGGAAGAGAGGGGGAUCCUAGACUGCCUUCACUAUUGCACGCCCGGUCCGACAGAUAUGUGGGUGGAGCUUCUAGCUGAUAUAAUAUUGCGUGGAGUUUAUGGGGAUGGGCUCGCUCCUUUAGGCGUGACAUGA